CACUGCCGCUCUGUGGCCCUCUGAUCCCCCCCCCCUCUCUCUCCCCGGCUGUUCCCUUGCAACCCUUGCUCCCCCCUGCCCCACGUUCGCACACGACGACACGACGGGCACUCCGGCAGGCCCAGCUUAAAGCAAGGUCGUCAGCCAGCCCAGCCAAGGCCAGCCCAGCCAGCCAGUCAGUCAGCCCAGCCCGUUCAGUCAGCCAGCCCAGCCCAGUCAGUCAGCCAGCCCAGCCCAGCCAGCCCAGCCCAGUCAGUCAGCCAGCCCAGCCCAGCCAGCACAGUUAGCCCAGCCCAGUCAGCCAGCCUAGCCAGCCAGCCCAGCUAGCCCAGUCAGUCAGCCAGCCCAGUCAGUCAGCCAGCCCAGCCCAGUCAGUCAGUCAGUCAGCCCAGCCCAGCCAGCCCAGCCCAGCCAGCUAGCCAGCCAUGCCUUUCAUCGAGAUCGCCACCAACCUGAAGCCGGAGACCUUCACGGAGUCUCUGCUCAAGAAGUUCGCGGCGGAGGCGGCCGUCGCGCUUAGCAAACCGCCCGAGAGGAUCAACAUCGCGGUGCAUGCGGGGCAGCUCCUGUACCAGGCCCUCUCAAGCGCCCCGUGCGUACACGUCAAGGUGUCUGCCAUCGCGGUCGUGGGCUCAGCGGAGCAAAACCGUGAGCACAGCGCCCGUCUCACAGACUUCCUCUCCACCGAGCUGGGCCUCCCCAAGGACCGGAUCCUUCUGACGUUUCACCCGCUGGAGAGCUGGCAGGUGGGCAAGAUGGGUACUGUCAUGACCUUCCUGUGAAACUCUGCACACGACUGGCGUAGCUCAGAGAACCCGGUGCUGAUUGUGCGUGCAUGAAUGAACCAGAUGUCACAUGGUUGCACCAAAUGAUGCGUGUCAUGUGGAAAAACAAAACACUAUCCGAUUUGUAAAAGUGCUUUAACAUUAUUCCUUCCCCUACUUGCACCUGUUCACUCUCUACCUAGUCUUGAUUGUAACUGCUAGUCUCAAAUGUUGCAUUUCCCUGCUAUCUGGCAGCUUGGAGUUGGCGAUAAAAUUCCAGAUAUGUUUCAUGCAGCAUGAACUGUGUUGUUUGUGGGAUCAUAUUUUUGGAGCACACCCCCCAGCUCUGAUCUUUGGACUGUAGCAAAUAUGCUUAAAUCACUCAACUGAUUCACAUCUGCUUCUGCUUGCUUACUUGACAAACUCACUGGUGUAUUUAUCUGGAGCCAAGUAUAGGUCAGUGGUUAGUUUAUAAAAACACCUUUUGAAUGUUUCUAUUAUAUAACAUUUAGUGAAGCUAAGGGACAAUUUAGGUAACUUUGUUUUAUUUAGCUGACCACAGGAUCGGGUCACAAUAUGAGGCCUUCGUGUGCCUUGGCCAGACAGCAUUUAUCAAAAAUCAACACAUUCGUCAAUACGACUUUAACAAAAGUCAAUAAUUGCAAUUCUGCCGUGAUUCAUUAUCAGGAUUUGGGUUAUAACAGACCACACUGAGCUGCUUCUGGAAAUAAAAUGAAUGAACUUAAAUAAAACAUUAGCAAAAACUGGAACUAAAAAGCACCAUUUAUCGUAAUUAGAUCUAAUAAUGCUCUCUGUGCAUGAAAGCAUAAUUGAAAGGGUUUGGUCUCUCUCACGGGUGCUGCUGGACCACAGGUUGUGAUCAAGCAGAUGUCUAUGUUGAUCAAUAUUAAAUAUGGAA